AUGAGUGUUCCUAGUAGACGAUGGGGGAAUUCCAAGAGUCGUCCAGCAGGAGAGACAAGUGAUUAUAAUGCUAGUUUGCAACCUCGCCAGAACGCUCUGAAUGUAAAGAACUACCUUGGACUUCAACAGGCAAUGUCCUGCUCCCUUGAUACUUGCCCAGAAGGAGAAACGAUGCCCUUUUCCACUUCCCCAAUGGAUAUGCAUAUGCAUAUGCGUAUGCGUAUGCGCAUGAGUCGUCCUUCUAGCACAAAUUGUACCGGUACGCCCGACGUGAAGAGUAAUGCGAGUGGAAGUGGAGGCAAUAGGACUAAUCGAAAUGACAGCGGAAACGGUAUUUGUAUUAUUAAAAAAACUACAGCAAGGAACAGGCAACAGAGCUACACAAACCAACGGAGUGACAAUAUUGUCAAUCCAGGCAUAACUGUAGAUUUGACGAGGAAAUCCAGCCAUACCGGUGAAGUAUUCAAACCAACGAUUCUCCUGGAGGACAUGCCCCAUCAUGGUGUUCCGCAAACACAAACACAAACACAAACGAUGCAACAUCAACAACCACGACAACCUGCUUUGAGAAAACCCUCGUCUCGUUCAACGGUACCAGUACCAGUACCAGUACCGGUGGCAUCAAGAGAGAAUCACCGCGCCAUUUCCAGUGCGGCCAGGUUCCGUCAACAAGCUUUCUCCCAAGAUUUUUCAAACGAGGUCACAAUAGACGCUGAUCUAGAUGAUAUAGACAGCAGUUAUAUGAUGAGUAUAUACAUGAACGAGGAAUCCUCAAUAUAUACAAAAGGAACUGCUUCAACUGCUUCUACAUCUUCGUCUUCCUUGGCAUCGAAAAGAUCAAGGCAUCCAGGGGCAUCUCACAAGAGAAGAGAGGAUGUCAAACAAGCCGAGGAGGAACAGCCACAAAAAGAAUCCGGCUUUUUGAGAUCGAUGAAGCAAUCUAGUAGUUCAUUCUUUGUCGAAGGUAAUUGGUCACAGAAAUAUGGUUGGUACCUUUCAAAGACAUGGGAUGCGACGCCAGGAGAAGGCUGGGACAAACCAGAUCCCAUUUUUGAUAAAAAGGAGGAGAGGCUUGUUGAUAUUUAA